AAGAAGCGGCGAGUGGCGACAAGCGUAAAUACAAACAACAGAAACGGAAACAUGAAAAUAAUCAGGUUGAUUAAUACAAGGCAAAUAAAAGGAAUUUCUUUUAACAAGGAGAAACAUUUCCCAUUCGAUUUCUCUUUUGCUAUGCUCAGUAGAGGGUAAGGGAAGUUUUGAAGCAGGAAGGGCCUCUCUGAUUUUAUAAAAUCAAUGGCUGCAAAACCAAAGAGAAGAACCGUGGUAGAAAAUGGGGAUAGUGCAGAGGAUUUAGUCCUUGCAACUUUAAUUGGCAAUGGAGAUGAUGUGGGCCCAAUUGUAAGGCAUGCAUUUGAAAUGGGACGGCCUGAAGCACUCCUUCUCCAGCUGAAGACUGUUGUCAGGAAGAAGGAAGCUGAAAUUGAAGACCUCUGCAAGAGCCAUUACGAGGAAUUCAUUCUCGCAGUUGAUGAGCUUCGGGGUGUUUUAGUUGAUGCUGAAGAGCUUAAAAGUGAGCUUGCAAGUGACAAUUUUCGGUUGCAGGAGGUAGGGAGUGCUCUUUUGAUCAAACUUGAGGAACUUCUUGAAUCUUAUUCAGUCAAGAAAAAUGUGACUGAAGCUAUUAAAUUGUCAAAGAUUUGUCUUCAAGUUUUAGAACUUUGUGCUAAGUGUAACAAUCACAUGUCUGAAGGCCAGUUUUACCCUGCACUGAAAACAGUGGAUCUGAUUGAGAAGAAUUACUUGCUGAAUAUCCCUAUGAAGACACUUAGAACGACAAUAGGAAAGACAAUUCCAGUGAUAAAAUCACAUAUUGAGAAAAAAGUGACUAGUCAAUUUAAUGAAUGGCUAGUUCAUGUGAGAAGUUCUGCAAAGAAUAUUGGGCAGACAGCAAUAGGUCGUACUGCAUCAUCUCGUCAGAGGGAUGAGGAGAUGCUUGAACAUCAGAGGAAAUCUGAGGAACAAAGUGUUUCGGGCUUAGGAGAUUUUGCAUACACUUUAGAUGUUGAGGAACUAGAUGAAGAUUCUAUUUUGAAGUUUGAUCUUACUCCUUUUUAUCGGGCAUAUCACAUCCACACUUGCCUUGGAAUCCAAGAGCAGUUUCGUGAAUAUUACUAUAGGAAUCGGUUAUUGCAGCUCAAUUCAGAUCUGCAAAUCUCUUAUUCUCAACCCUUUAUUGAAUCAUAUCAAACAUUUUUGGCUCAAAUUGCAGGGUACUUUAUAGUGGAGGAUCGGCUUUUGAGGAGUGGUGGUGGUGUUUUGUUAUCAGAUCAGGUUGAGACAAUGUGGGAAACAGCUGUGACUAAAAUAACUUCUGUUUUGGAGGAACAUUUUUCUCGUACGGAUUCUGCCACUCAUCUUCUUCUGGUGAAGGAUUAUGUUACUCUUCUUGUUGCAACACUUAGAGAAUAUGGGUAUGAAGUGGGCCCGAUUCUUGAGGUACUUGACAACAACCGGGACAAGUACCAUGAACUUCUUCUGGGAGAGUGUCGGGAGCAAAUAGUUAAUGUCAUUGGGAGUGAAACCUAUGAGCAGAUGGUAAUGAAAAAGGAUGCUGAUUAUGAGAACAAUGUCCUGGCUUUCCAUCUCCAGACGUCAGAUAUAAUGCCAGCUUUUCCAUUUAUUGCACCAUUCUCCUCUAUGGUACCAGAUAUUUGCCGAAUUGUUAGAUCAUUCAUCAAAGGGUCUGCUGAUUUCUUGUCUUACGGGAUGCAUGCUAAUUUUUAUAAUCUUGUGAAGAAGUAUUUGGAUAAGCUUUUGAAUGAUGUGUUAAAUGAAAUUAUACUAAAUACAAUUCAUAGUGGUUCAGUCGGUGUCUCUCAAGCCAUGCAGAUUGCUGCAAACAUAUCUGUUCUUGAAAGAGCUUGUGAUUUUUUUCUUCGACAUGCAGCCCAACUAUGUGGUAUUCCAGUCCGAUCGGUCGAGAGACCUCAGGCCAGUUUGACUGCCAAGGUGGUCCUGAAAACUUCUAGGGAUGCAGCAUACCUAGCUUUGUUGAAUUUGGUGAACACAAAGUUGGAUGAGUUUAUGUCACUUACAGAAAAUGUCAAUUGGACAUCAGAGGAGACGGUGCAAAGUGAAAAUGAGUAUAUGAACGAGGUUGUAAUAUACCUUGACACUAUUCUAUCAACAGCACAGCAAAUUUUACCAUUGGAUGCUCUAUACAAGGUUGGAAGUGGUGCUCUUGAGCAUAUCUCCAAUUCUAUUGUUUCUGCAUUUCUCAGUGAUAGCAUCAAGAGGUUCAAUGCUAAUGCAGUUCUGACCAUCAGUUAUGACCUAAAAGAGUUAGAGAAUUUCGCUGAUGAGAGAUUUCAUAGCACUGGCCUGAGUGAGAUAUAUAAAGAUGGUGGUUUUAGAAGCUUCUUGAUAGAAGCAAGACAAUUGAUUAACCUUUUGUCUAGCAGCCAACCAGAGAACUUCAUGAAUCCUGUGAUAAGAAUGAAAAACUACAAUACUCUGGAUUAUAAGAAGGUAGCCAUCAUCUGUGAGAAAUUCAAGGAUUCUGCCGAUGGAAUUUUUGGUAGUCUUGCAAACAGAAAUGCAAAGCAAAGUGCAAAAAAGAAAUCAAUGGAUGUGCUGAAGAAAAGAUUGAAGGACUUCAACUGAGGUUAUUCAUAAUUUGUCUGUUGGCAUUAGUUUUUGAGUUGCAUGUGUCUAUUCUCCAUUUGUGAGAUUUAGAAGGUAACUGAGUUAUCAAUUUUCUGUUGAUUAAUUUCUUAUCAUAAAGCUUUAAUAUUUCCCUUCAA